ACAAGCAAGAACCGCGCGCCUCCAGAAGCUCACAGAACCACCGGGAGACCCAAAGAGACACAAGGACCCGGUCCAGACCCUCAGGCUUCUCUUGACUUUAGUGCAGGAACGUGACAGAAGCAACAGGAUGACGAUGAGUCCCCCCGCAGAUCGCUGCCAGGCUGUAGGCCUCAUCAUCUUCGUGCUCGGUUUGGGAACUCUGCUGCCGUGGAACUUCUUCCUGACGGCCUCAGAGUACUUCAACCAUCGCCUCGAAUCAAACAUCACCUCCAAUGGCUCCUCAGGCAUCGCUGCUAAAGACUACAACUACGACAGCUGGAUGACCUUGCUCUCCCAGCUUCCCCUGCUGCUGUUCACGCUGCUCAACUCCUUCCUGCAUCACUGGUGAAACCUCGUAUCCGUGUCGCCUUCAGUUUCGUCGUCAUCUUCCUCUCUCUCUCCCUCAACGCGCUCUGGUUCGAGCUCCCGAUGGCAGCCGGACACCUUCUUCCUCCGGUCACCCAUUGGCCACCAUCUGGUUCAUCAAACAUGGCUAGUUGCGGUGGCUGCAGGCUCUCUGUUCGGGUGGUGGGUCGGUUCCCCCCUCGGUACCAGCACAUCUGUUUAUGAGCUGUCAGGCGUCUGGCCGGACUCUUCGCUGCUCUCGCCAUGCUCUUCUCCAUCUUA